AUGUCUAAUCAAAGUGAACUGCUCACUUUCUGGGGGCCUUCUGAUUGGACAGAUUCGAGCCAGUGCCCGCCCUCCGUGGGCGGGACCACUUUUUUGAUUGUGGCCUACAGUGCAGUCAUAGCAAUUGGGUUGCUAGGCAAUGCUGGAUUGGUGUUCAUCAUUGCUCGGCAACAGGAGUUACGUAACGUCACCAACAUCCUAAUUGCCAACCUGUCCUGCUCCGACAUCCUGAUGUGUGUGGUGUGUCUGCCGGUCACCGUCAUAUACACGCUGAUGGACCGCUGGGUGCUGGGAGAGGCCCUGUGUAAGGUGACUCCUUUUGUCCAGUGCAUGUCAGUGACUGUGUCCAUCUUCUCGCUGGUGCUGAUUGCUCUGGAGCGGCAUCAGCUGAUCCUCCACCCGACCGGCUGGUCCCCUGCUGCUGGACAUUCAUACUUGGCUGUAGGACUGACCUGGCUCGUGGCCUGUUUCAUCUCUCUGCCUUUUCUCUCCUUCAACAUCCUUACUAAUGAUCCUUUUCAGAACAUCAGCCUGCCCAGCAACCCUUUCAGGGAUCAUCUCAUCUGCAUGGAGCUGUGGCCGUCAGACAAACAUCGUCUUGCUUACACAACAUCACUGCUGCUUUUCCAGUACUGCCUCCCACUGCUGCUGGUUCUUCUCUGCUACCUCCGGAUCUUCCUUCGCUUGAGGCGGCGCAGGGACAUCUUGGAGCGCAGCAGGAGGACCCAAAGUGCCCAGAGAAUAAAUGUCAUGCUCGCAGCCAUUGUAGUUGCCUUUGCGCUGUGCUGGCUGCCUCUCAACGUCUUCAACACUUUGUUUGACUGGCACCACCAGGUCCUGCCUGACUGUCAGCAUGACACAGUGUUCUCCGCCUGCCACCUGAUGGCUAUGGCCUCCACCUGCAUCAACCCUGUAGUGUACGGAUUCCUCAACAGCAACUUUCAAAGGGAAUUUAAGUCCACGCUACAGCGCUGCCAGCGAGGGAACAGGACAGUGGAGAGCUAUGAGAGUUUCCCCCUGUCCACAGUGGCCAGUGAAGGCAUCACCAAAGCCACUUCACUAAACAGAAUGAGUUUGGCGUGCGUGCCGUCUGCCAGGCCUGAGAUCAGCGCAGCCACAGAUGCUCUGAUCAAAACACUCCCAGCUGACUCAUGA